UCUCAUGAAUAUUAAUGAGUAAAUAGUACCUUGACAACAGAGACGGUCAGUGCAAUCAACAUGGCUGAUGAAGAGGCUCCAUCACAAGAACCUACACAGGAAUCAGCAGAAGCCCCAGCAGAGGCUGAAGGGGCUGGAGAGGAGGCUAGCACUCCGGCAGUAGAAGCAGCAGAAAAUCAGGAAGCAACUCCAGCAGCAGAGGGAGAGGCAUCACCAGCAGUAAACCAAGAACCAGCAGGCACCCCCACAGACCCGGCUGCAGAAGGGGAGCAGCAAGCAGAGCAACCCACAGCAGAAGGUUCCCCAGGGGCAGCCGAUGGCGAUGGUCCACCCGCUGAAGCAGUGGCAGCAGAAGCAGAGGGACAGGAAGGAGGGGAAACUGCUUCACCAGGUGCCGAUGGAGAGACAGCAGAUGGAGAUGGAGAAGUGAAAGAAGGAGAGGAAAGCAAGGAGGGAGAAGAACAGAAACCUGGCGAAGGGGAGACUGCAGAGGGAGCGGAAGGAGGUGAAAGUGGAGAAGGCGGGGAAGGAAAGCCUGAGGGAGAAGGGGCCGCAGAGGAAGGUGACAAAGAGAAAGAAGGAGAAGGAGGAGCUACCCCAGCUGGAGAUGACACCCAAGCUCCUGGUGAAGGUGAUGGAGAAGGAGCUGAGAAACCAGAGGGUGGAGAUGAGGAGGAGCCCAAGAGUCCGAUACCACAGAGUGACACAUUCCAGGAAGGAGAUCGACCGGAGACCCCUACUGUCCAGGUUAUGGAGCCUUUAUCCAGAGAAGCAACACCCCCUCCUAAUGAACCAGCUCAAAUUGAACCGGGGACACCUGAGAGAGAAAUAUCCCCUCUCCCAGAAGAAGAAGCUUUGCUUGAAGAAGAAGAAGAGGAUCUAAUAUCAAGAGAAGAACUUAUAGAAAUGUAUCAGGCAAUGGUGUCAGAGCGUGAGCAACUGAAUCAACAAAAUAUCCAACUCCAACAUAAGCUUGCUGAAUAUUUCCGUAAGAAGAAGACAGAUGACCAGAGGCAAGAAAUGGACAAAAAUGUGACAGAUCAAGAGCAGAGAUAUCUCAAAUACAUGUCCAAUUUGGAUGAGCUAAGGAAACAAGAACAAGAGGAGAGAGACCUCUCCUUCCUGAAUCUCGAGGAGCUCAAAGACCGAAAGCAGGAGAAGCAGGACUAUGUUGAAAAUGAGAACCAACAAUUCUUAGAACUCAAGAGACAAGUAGCCCUGACAGCUAUCAGCAGCAGGACUGGGAAACCCAUAGCUCCAAGGGAAGUUGAAGUGUACAUCUCCAACGAGCUGAAGAAAGAGGAAGAGGUGAAGCAAGUAAGACUGGAGAACAUCAAACUCAAGAACCGUCUUAAGAAGAGAGAGCAACAGCUCAAGGCCAAGGAGGAACUUGCUGAAGGUCUUCAUCUGAUUGACUUUGAACAGUUGAAGAUUGAGAACCAGACAUACAAUGAGAAGAUUGAAGAAAGGAAUGAGGAAUUACUCAAAUUGAGAAAGAAGAUCACUAGUACUGUUCAGGUGCUGACCCACGUCAAGGAGAAGCUCCAGUUUGUUCAGGCUGAGAACCAUGUUCAGAAAGGCAAGCUGAGAGAAGUUGAAGAACUGGUGGCACAGAAACGUGAUGUCCUAUCAAGAACCAAGAAGGCACGAGACAGCCUGAGAAUUGACAACCAACGUCUGCGGCAGAAGAGCGGCCUCUUGGGUAAGAAAUCUCUCCUCCAGGACUUUGAAGAAAGGAAGGACGAGGGAGACGAAUUACGAGGCAGGAUGGAGUAUCUUAAGCGUCAUCAUGCGGAACUCACGCUGAAUUUAGCUGGUGUGAAGAAGAAGAUUGACGCAGUCAAAGCUGGACGAUCAUGAAAUAUUGUGUUAAAGACUGUUCUAGACAUUGGAGGAGCAUUUACUUGGAGUUGUGAAUCCGUCCAAACAAAGUUUUUAUUCCUGUUUUUGAAAACAUCAAAAGCAUUAAUUAUAGCAACUGUGACUGCAACUUCCUUCCUGUUAUGUAUUUUGAGGAUGAAUUUGACUGGAUGUUGAGAAGUUGUAACUCGACAUAUU